AUGCUCGUGGGCGAAGUCGAGCUGUUUGUGGCCGUGAUGACCCUCUUUCGCCCCAAACAGGACGACCCGACCUCGUACUUGCCCUACGGCGUGGCCGUGUAUUCUCGUUACCCACUGCACACAACGUUACGCCAACGUGUGAGUGACGUGUAUGAGGCGUGCAUGAUGUCCGGGGGCUUUGGCUCGAGCAUGCUCUCGACGCUCACGGCGCCCCUCCGCACGGCCGGAUGGCGACACCUGCCCGACCGCCUCCCGGGCAUCGACUUCUCCCUGUCGCUGCUGUUUGAUACGCUGGACGUGGCCAACAUCAUCACGCUGUUCACGGCGGCGCUGGUCGAGUGCCGCCUCCUACUCAUCUCGUCGCAGUUGACCGUGCUGGCCGUGGUCGCCGAGUCUCUGCGGACGAUUCUGCACCCGCUCAAGUGGCCCCAUGUGUACCUGCCUGUGCUGCCGGGGAAACUGCUCGGGUACUUGCAGUGCCCGACGCCGUUCAUCGUGGGCGUUCAAAAGGAUUUGCUGGAUGCCGAGGUGCUAAGCGAAGUUGGACAUGAAGUGGUGUGCGUCGACUUGGACACGGGCGUGGUC